UUUUGGUGGUUUUUUAUAGAGAGAGAAAGAGAGGGAGAGGUUUUUGUGCUUCUUUUUAAUGUCCUCUCCAUUUAGUUAAAAUCAUUUUCAAGAGAAAAUAAAAAAAUAAAAGAGAGAAUCUUGAGAGAGAAUUGAAAUGAAAAUGAAUUGAUUGAAUUGUUCUUGUUCUUUUUUUCCCCUUUAAUUCCUUUGUAAUUGGAUUUUUCUUUGAAUUCUCCGAUCUUGGAUUUCCAUUUCCAUUUCAAUUUGUAAAGCAGAGCAAAUAAUUUUAUUUAUUUAUUUAUUUGGGUUCUCUGUACAUACCGUGUAGAUUUUAAACUGAAGAUCAGAGAGAGUCUGAGUGAAGGAAUGUUGGCAGUGUAAUUGUCAUGUGUGCUUAAGAUAUGGUGCUGAAGAAGAGGCAAGAUUAUGGUUUUAAUGGCUUCCAUGUACCCUUCAUUCCCAGGGCUCCUAGAUCAGCUAGACAGAGGGGUCUGCAAAAGAAAAAAGUUGAAGACAGUCAAAUAUGUGCAUUUGAGUUACUCGCAGCAUUAGCUGGCAAACUAUUGCAGGAGAGUGAAAGUUCUGCUUCCAGCAGUGCUUCUGAAACAAAUGAUCAGCCUGCAAUUGGUGAUAAUGGUAUCAAAGAGGAGCAAGAUAAACCACUUAAAAUUGAGUGCCUUGAUCAGGGAAGCUGUGAAGAAAGUGUCUUUAUCCCUGAGUUCACUGCACCAAGCAGUGAUAAGAAAUUCCUUCUCAAGGAAUGUCCACGUGCUGACAGUGAUUCCAUUCUGGAGCGCUCUUCAAUUAUCACAAAUUCUGAUUCCUCAGAGAAAGCUAGUAGUGAUGUGAAGUCGGCAAUUUGCAAAAGCAAGAGUCCAUGUGAUGAUUUACCUUGCAAAAUAGAGGGAGGCUCUCCUGAUUCUGGGGAAUAUGGUGAUGGUUAUGUGGAAAAUGGAUUCAGCCAACAGCAAGAGGCUGAUGGCCUGGGGACUGGGGGUUUGACUAUUGAUAACACAUCCAGUUUAAAGGAUCCCAUGGAAUUGUGUAUGAAAUUUCCUGCGCUAGUCAAUUCUGAGAACAAUGUCAAAUUGACAUCAUGCAGGAACUCUGUUCCUAAUGCUUCUAGUUUAAGGCUUAGGAAUAGUAUUAAAUUAGGUAUUAAAGAUGAUGACGAAAACUUUUCUAGGUAUAAUAAAUCUGGCAUCAAGCCAAGGGCAUAUAGGUAUCAAUCCCGAAUUGGGGACCGCAGAAUAAGAAAAUUACUGACAUCUAAAUACUGGAAAGUAGCUCCAAAGUUGAAGGACUGUGAGCUUUCCAAAGUUGCCUUUUUAGAUGGGGGAAUGAAGCCUCUAUAUCGCAAGCGGAAAGUAUGUUAUGGUCGUGAAAGAUACCAACAUGACACACUUUAUAAGAAGAGGAAGUUUCCUGACCAUAGUUUAGUUGUUACAUCUGAUGGAGGGUUUAGCAGUGAGAGUGUAUGUAAUUCACCUGAAAAGAGCAAGAAUGUGGACAAGAAUAUCUCAGCUCCAGUGUUUCAUGGAGUUACUGUGCCAGCAAAUGGAGUAUCAUCUUCAAUUAUUGGUCAUCAUGCUUCUUUCCAUUCCAAGGAUUCUCAUGUGAAGUUCAGCAUCAAGUCCUUCAGGAUACCAGAGCUUUUUAUUGAGGUCCCUGAAACCACAACUGUUGGUUUACUGAAGAGGACAGUUAUGGAUGCUGUAACUGGUAUACUUGGAGGUGGAUUGCGUGUUGGCAUGCUUCUUCAUGGAAAAAAGGUUAGGGACGAUAACAGAACCUUAUCGCAGACAGGUAUCAGUUCUAAAGAGAAUCUUGAUACUUUGGGUUUCACAUUGGAACCUGGUCUGUUGCAAACUCCAACUGUGUGCACUGAAGAUUCUCCACUUCCAUUACCUUGCAAUAAUUCUCAACUCGCCGUAAGGUCGCCCACUGCUCCUGUUUUAAAUUCAGGAAAUUCUGAUGCCCCACCUGACCCUCUUGCACUGACUAAUUCAGGCAAUAACCUUGACAGUAACCACGAAUUAAUUUCCUCCCAUAAUGACAAAUUAACUGACAAAACACUGUCAGAUUCUAGAGCUUUGGUUGCAGUUCCACCAGUGAGUGUCGAGGCACUUGCUGUGGUUCCUGUUAACCAGAAAGCUAGGCGAUCUGAACUUGUACAGCGUCGAACUCGGAGACCAUUCUCCGUCUCAGAAGUAGAAGCAUUAGUGCAGGCAGUUGAGGAACUUGGAACUGGAAGGUGGCGUGAUGUUAAGUUGCGUUCUUUCGAAAAUGCAGACCAUCGAACUUAUGUGGACUUGAAGGAUAAAUGGAAGACGUUGGUUCACACAGCUAAGAUUGCCCCACAGCAAAGACGGGGUGAGCCAGUGCCGCAGGAGCUCUUGGACAGGGUCCUAGCAGCUCAUGCAUACUGGUCUCAACACCAAGCAAAGCAACACGGCAAGAAUCAAGCUGGUGUUUUGAAGAUCACGGAGGGCCAUGCCGGUAGAAAUGGAGGUGGAGGUGAAGGUGAAAUUCACUUGUUGUGAUUGUAAAAAGAAGGAAUGUUGUUGACAGGAUUCUCACAGGGAACAAGAAACUUGUACAAAAUGAUUCAAAAUUUAUGUAAUAUUUCUCACUCUCACAACGAUUCAUUGCCACCUUCCCUAUGUGGGAAGGGUGUGGCAUUUGUAAAUGAUUCGAUGGAAUAAAGAAACACUGCUCUAACAGAAUUUACAGUGUUUUUUCUAAUUCAUUGAUUUAAUUGAUGUAAUGUAAUACAGAUAGACAGCAGAAUCCAAAUAAUAAAUAUAGCUUUCUUUUUUGCCUUUUUUCAAA